GGUGACAUUUGGUUUGUCGCGUCGCUUACUCAUAGCCUCGAAUUUGAAAAAAAGAAGGGAAGAAAAGCAAAGUGUGAGUUGUGAGUUGAGUCCCUGGGUGAUUCAUCUGAAGACAAAUUAGGAAACAAAAGAAAUAAGAAUCAAUUUGUCAUUUUCAUUUCUUUCUUUCUUUCUUGUUUUUAGAGUUGAAAGAAAAUUCGUUUCAAUGUCUUAUGAAUUAGAUGAGUUCUGCUCUUUCUACUAUCAUUCAAGCCCAGAAAUGGUGUCCUCUGCCAAAACCAACACAUCAGAUUUUCAAUUCUUCUCUGAUCCUUUCUCUCCUUUCUGUGAUUCAGCCAUUGAAAUCUUUCAAUCAAUCACAACCAACCAAAACCCAGUUGAAGAAUCCUAUUCUUUUAAUCAAUUUGCUCCUCCCUCUGUCCUCUCUUCUUCUCCACCCAGUCACCAACUGGAAAAUCUGAGUAUAUAUGACACAACCCAAAUGCAAUCUGGUUUAGAGGUGAAGACGGAAGUGGGUUUUGAUUGUUAUCAGAAUCAAACAUUUAUGGCUCACUCUUACAGUGGCUGUGAGAAUGUGGGCAAGUACAUGCAGAGGAGCUUGAGCAGCAAUUGUUUUGAUGCCAAGCCUGGGUUUCUCUUCCAACCUCAGUUUCAAUUUGACCCACUCAUGGAAUCCCAAGAUCACAACUCGGAAAACAUUAAUGGUCAAAUGAGGAGGGUUUGCAGCACAGGAGAUUUGCAAACUAGUGUGAGAAAAAACCGUAGCACACAGAGGUCUUUUUCAAGCCCUUUAGCUACAGAGAGUUCGUUGGUGGAGGAUGCGAGCUUUAAAGUCGGGCGUUACAGUGCAGAAGAAAGAAAAGAAAGGAUCUCCAAGUAUAGAGCCAAGCGAACUCAAAGAAACUUCAACAAAACCAUUAAGUAUGCGUGCCGCAAAACACUAGCAGACAACCGGCCAAGGAUACGUGGCAGAUUUGCACGGAAUGAUGAAGUCGGUGAUAUUCCCAAAGUUGCAUGCUCAAACAGAGAUGAAGUUGAAUAUGAGCUAUGGGUUGAUGAGUUGCACGAAGAAGAAGAAGAAGAAGAAGAAGAAGAAGAAGAUGGGAGAAGGAGAGGAGGAUUUGUCAAAAAAUUUGGUCAGGCUGGUUUUCGCUACUAUUAACCAAUGAUAAUUGCAAGUGUUUUCAAUCAGAACCAAUUGUAGACCGAGGGUGACUUUAAUAAAUAUAUAAAUUAUUAUAAAUUUUUGUAUUUAAUCGAUAUGGGUUAAAGAAUAAUAAUAACAUAUCGAUAAAAAUAUGACAAUGUAUAAUGAUUUAAAUAUUUUAUUAAAUUACUCUAUCAAAUACAUUUUACCAUAUGGUUGAAGGUCAGAAGAAAUUGAAUAAGUGAU